UCAUAUUUUGUUGAUUUGUGAUUGGGUAAAAAUACGUCUUCUCUUCUGUCGUAAGUCGUACCUACACAAAGAGUGAAGUGGAUUAUAAUACUCAGGAAAUUGUACUACGUUUUUAUUUGUUAAUCCAUCGGCAAGAUGGGAUUCUUUAAAGUUUUUGGUUUUAUCGUGUUCUACUUGACCUGCACGUUAUCUUUCAAUAAUGCUGAACCGUGUGAGAUGCGAGCACCGUGUGUGUGUGUUUUUUCAAAUGGCACCGGAAUCGACCUUACUCCUGCGAUUUCAACUGAAUUUUACACAGCGAGUACGUAUGAGGUCAAGAUGAAUGGGUCGCAAUAUGAAAUGAGUACCUAUUACUAUCAUCCGUGCUACGACGUUAAUUUGAACGUGAGCCAGUCACUUCCCAAAAACACUUGUACUUUACCUUUGUCGAUUUGUCGUCAUGUAAGCACCAUGAAUCUGGCAAAUGGAACGACUAACACGUUUACAUUUGAUCAAGGCUCCUAUGAUUUCAUGGGUAGAACAAGUAUAUCAAACUUCUCUGACCAGGGCAACUCUAUCAAAUAUCCCAAUGGGCCAUCCGAAACAACAGUGCUCUUGGAGUGUGCUGAGACAGAGAACAAACUUCAAGUGUAUUCAUUAUCAGAACCUGAUAAAAUUGUGUUAGCGUUUUAUUCAAAAGAUGCAUGCUUGAAACAAAUAGAGGUGAACGGAAGGUCUUUCGGCUCCACCCUGCUGAUUAUAUUCUUCUCUUUUGUGGUAUUCUACCUCGUACUCGGGAUCUGCACGAAGAAAUUCUUGAUGGGAGCGACUGGUGUCGAAGUUAUACCUAACCUUGCAUUCUGGUCGGAUCUGCCCAACCUUGUGAAAGAUGGCUGGAGGUUUAUGUGCAAUGGUUUCAAGUUGCCCCCUCGAGGCGCCGGUCCCGCAGUGUCUCCCGACCCCAACAGCUAUGACAGCAUAUAACAUCAGGGUGACGAAGACCUCUCUGAAGGUCAUCUUGUCCUUGUGGAAUAGACAAUCUGACUGUGUUCUUAAUUUCUCAAUGUUUUUUCUUUUAAUUCGUGCUGUCGUUACAUUUGCGUGUGUGUAGAAUAAGAUUUUGAAUUUUAUAUUUUUAUUUACAAAGAAACGCACGAUUAUUUACUUUAUAUGAUGAUAUUAGACCUUUGUUGUUGAAUGAUGUCUUUAAUAUUUUUUUAAUGCAUUCUAGAUGUGUCGUUAAUUAUAUUGAACGCAAAUGUAAUCAUAGCUUAUUUGAUGGUGAUUGAAAUUUAAAUUUCAAGUCAUAAAUACGUUCAACAGACAUCUAAGAAUAAUAAUAAUAUUAACUGUGAAGUGGUAAGUUAAAAACUUGAAACAUAAUAAUAAUUCUCGAAUAUUUUGUAUAAUAAACCUCGAAUAUAAUAUGAUCUACUUAUCCAAUUACAAUAGUAGACGAAAAAUAUUUUAAAUAAUUGUUUUCAUUCUUUUUUCAACUUAUCGUGAAUAGUAAUCUCAAAAUUUACAUGUGCACAGAUUCAUUAUUUAUAAAUCAGGUAGCCAUUUUAUGGUGCAAUCGGCAUUAGGAACGCUGGCCUAUUUAUUGUGAUGAAUACGUGUAAUUAUAAAAAUAAUAUACCUUUAUUGAUAUAUAUACAAGGUGUUGUUUUAAAGCCGCGUCAUUUUCUAGGAG